GAGAAGGAAAGAGGUAGAGGAGGUAACAACGGUUCAACAAGGACUGAGGUAGUACUGAAUCUGGAGGGGAGGGGGCAACAGUUUGGCCACAUGGAUGGCAGAUAUGUCAGUGACCAUACUGGAGAUCUGUAAGAGUAUUAAUUGACUAACCUGCAACAGCCAUGGCAGUUGAAUUUGGGGACCAAUCUAGCGGCUUCCGCCAUACUGAAGUGAUCAGAUUCAUUAACAACGAAGUCCUUAUGAACGGUGGGGGUGGGGAAUUCUACAGGACCUUUCGCUCUCGAUCUUGGAAUGAGAUAGAAGAUCAUCUCCAGACCAUCCUUAUUAACCCUAAACUACCACGCUCCAUCAAGAGGGCUUGCACCUGGAGCGCUUUGGCUUUGAGUGUAAGAGUGGCUGCCAGGCAGCGUGAACAACAAGUACGUAGAGUUUGGAAGUUACAGGAUCAGGUGGGAGAGCGUGAGACAGCAUCUUGGACUCUGGCCUCCGAACUACAGAGGCUGCGAGAGGAGAGGGACCAGGCUGCAGCUCAACUUGUUUCUACACAGACUGCACUACAAGAGGCAAUGGAUGAGCGUGAAGUACUUCGUGGGAGGCUGCUCCAAGCAGAGAGGUCUGCAUUGCCCGAUAUGCCUGAACCUAGAACCGGGCGGUAUAGGGCAGAGGUGUGGUCCAUUGAGGAUGUGGAGCAGGAAGAAUUUCGAUUCAGAGAGACCCAGAACAUGCCAAAUGUGGAGGACCAGAUGCCAGUCUCACCACUCUUGUCUUAUCUGCCAGGAAUUCCAGGUCCCUGGGUACAAACAGUGCAUCCCUUUCUUCGAAUGCCUAUACCAAAUCCAGCCCCACUCAAUGCGCAAUUUCCCUUGGGAUUUCCAUAUUCAACACCUGCACCAUGUCCAGUAGUGAUAGAAUCAGGAGCAACAGCAGCAACCAUGGCUUCAGUUGUCCCUCAGAUGGCUCCUACAGCAAUCUACUCACCUGGCAUUUGGGUUGCAUCAGGGUCCCAGGAAGCAAUGACUUCUGCCUGGGGCCAAGUAUGCCAUGGGCCGAAUGAAUGCUCUGACAUCCACCAAGACUUAAGUCAGCUGAGAGACAGUGUAAGCCACAGCGAAGAAGGUGCAGAGAAACCCUAUGGAAUACAUGUCUAUGGGGACAGCAGCCACAACAACCACAAGGAAAGUUAUGUCAUACCCCAGGUAAUGACUGCCACUGAGAAGAAAACUCCAAGGAAGGACCAGGUAACAGCUGCACUGGAAGUCAACAGUAACCACAGCAUAAUGGACAAACCAGUAAUGCCCCAGGGGUUGGAUUCCCAGGGGAACAAGACCAGCUGCAUGCAGAAGCCAUAUCCAGGGAUUCCUAGGAAGGUGAUUGGCCUGAAAGAUAGCAUCGACCAUAGCACUAAAGAAGCCUCAUUACCAUCCCAGGAAAUAGCUACCCAGGUGAAUGAAACCAGCCCCAUCCUGAAAAAAUAUCCAGGGAUUCUCUUGAGGAAGCCUCACCUGGGAAGCAACCUUAGCUGUAAAGAGAAAGAGACAUGCCUGGGGACAGUUGCCCUGGGAGAAGAUAACAGAAGUUGGAAAAAGGAGGAUACAGUCACUUUUCAGCAAAUGACACUCCUGGCUACUGGUAGAAACGCUAGUGAGAGGAAAGAUCAGAUGAUGCCACAGGAGAUUGACAUGAGCCAGAGCCAGAAGGAAGAACCAAAUAGAUUCCAAGCAUAUACCCCAGGAAAAAGUAAAAGUUAUAGUGUGAAUAAAUACUCCUCAAAACACCUGCCUCUAAAACAAAAGUCCAAGCAAGCUCAAGGGGCAAAAUCCCCUGAAAUCAAACAACCAGAGAAAGCCCUCUUACAUCGUACUCCAGUGAAUUGGGUCUGCCCAUCAUGCAAAACGGUGAAUCGCUCUUGGUGCAAAGGCUGCUAUAAAUGUGCAAAAGCAGGUGCUCAGUUUGGGAGAAAAGAUUUUGACCCCAAACCAACUUAUUGAUUUCAGGGAGAUGAUGGAGUUGCUAUGGCUGUUUGUGACUGCAUGUCAUCACUGAGAAACUUGUCAUGAGGCUUUUUGAAAAACUAUUCUUUCCUCUUCUUAAAUUCCUUUUCUUAAAAAGCCUACAUUCAACCUAAUGCAGCCAUAUGAUUCUACAAAUAAAAACAACGUUCAAUUUGUAACACCACUUUCCCUUGAAAAUGGAGUUAACUUUGAAACUAUUGCUGUGUUUAUGCUUGCUUCUUUUUGCAUUCUACAUUUAAUAGGGAGGCUCAUAUAAUAUGUUUCAGCCCCACUAAAGUUGUUGCUGAAGAAGGUGAAUAUAUUGCAUUGAAAUAAUUAGUAUGAGAAAAAAUCAAACAAACAAAAAACCUACCUUUAUUGUAAUGGAAUGUGACUCACAUUGACUUGACUCAAGA